UCUGAAAUGGAUUGGGUGUUAAAGCAUACAGGUCCAAAUAGUCCUGAUACUGCCAAUGAUGGUUUUGUACGGCUCAGAGGACUCCCAUUUGGCUGUAGCAAGGAAGAAAUUGUUCAGUUCUUUUCAGGGUUGGAAAUUGUGCCAAAUGGGAUGACACUGCCAGUGGACUUUCAGGGGCGGAGCACAGGGGAAGCUUUUGUGCAGUUUGCUUCACAGGAGAUAGCUGAGAAGGCCUUAAAGAAACACAAGGAAAGAAUAGGGCAUAGGUACAUCGAAAUCUUCAAGAGUAGCCGAGCUGAAGUCCGAACCCACUAUGAUCCACCUCGAAAGCUCAUGACUAUGCAGCGCCCAGGUCCGUAUGAUAGGCCAGGGGCUGGAAGAGGGUAUAAUAGCAUUGGCAGAGGAGCCGAGUUUGAAAGAAUGAGGCGGGGUGCCUAUGGAGGAGGGUACGGAGGCUAUGAUGAUUAUGGAGGUUAUAAUGACGGGUAUGGUUUUGGGUCUGAUAGAUUUGGAAGAGACCUAAACUACUGUUUCUCAGGAAUGUCUGAUCAUAGAUAUGGAGAUGGCGGGUCCAGUUUCCAGAGUACCACAGGGCACUGUGUACACAUGAGGGGGUUACCCUACAGAGCCACCGAGAAUGAUAUUUAGAAUUUUUUCUCACCUCUUAAUCCCAUGAGAGUACACAUUGAAAUAGGACCUGAUGGAAGAGUUACUGGUGAGGCAGAUGUUGAGUUUGCUACUCAUGAAGAUGCUGUGGCAGCUAUGGCAAAAGAUAAAGCAAAUAUGCAGCACAGAUAUGUGGAGCUCUUCUUGAAUUCUACUGCAGGGACAAGUGGAGGAGCUUAUGAUCAUAGCUAUGUGGAGCUCUUUUUGAAUUCUACAGCAAGGGCAAGUGGUGGUGCUUACGGUAGCCAGAUGAUGGGAGGCAUGGGUUUAUCCAACCAGUCUAGCUAUGGAGGUCCGGCCAGCCAGCAGCUGAGUGGUGGCUAUGGAGGGGGUUAUGGUGGUCAGAGCAGUAUGAGCGGAUAUGACCAAGUUCUUCAGGAAAACUCAAGUGACUAUCAGUCAAACCUCGCUUAGGAAGCGAGGGAGCAUCAGAUAGCAUCUACAGGAAUAAAAGCUACAUUUAUAGGAACUGGAUA